GUUACGGUCGCUGUAUCGUUUACAAAAAUGCAAAAUGCGCUUUGAAGCGGUACAAUAAUGGAACCUCGGAUCGUGUCAACGGUCCUAUGAUUGAUCCAGUAACCAAGAAACCUGCCUGGAAACAUGAAAUCAUUGACAUCGAUGGUUUCGCUUGCGUUGGUCAACCUGUUUAACCUAAGCAGGUUUUGAUUAACAAAAUUAUGCCGACUGUUUCUGCGGUUGUCGUUACUCCUGGAGUGCCAGCAGCAGCUGCUCCAUUGCCGGAGUAUCGAGAUGUGCCAAUUACUUAUAAAGGUCCGAUUCCGUCAUACGUUGAGAAAGUUAUGUUCUCGUCCAAUGCCGAAGAGGCGAACAUUAUAAAAAUUCAGUUGAGACAAACUCGUCGACCUGAAAUCGGCGACAAGUUUAAUAGUCGGCACGGCCAAAAAAGAGUUACUGCUCUUGUUGCGGAGCAAGAAGACUUGCCAUUCACUGAGCUUGGAAUUUGCCCGGAUGUUAUCAUGAACCCUCACGGUUUUCCUUCUCGAAUGACAGUGGGUAAGCUGAUUGAACUCUUAGCUGGCAAAGCAGGUCUUAUGGAAGGCAAGUUUCACUACGGCACAGCGUUUGGUGGAUCCAAGGUCCAAGAUGUGAGUGAAGAAUUGAUGAAGCACGGAUUCAAUUACCAAGGGAAAGAGUGUAUGACGUCUGGUACAACAGGGGAGCAAUUAACGGCCUAUAUCUAUUUCGGACCGGUCUACUAUCAAAAGUUGAAGCACAUGGUGAUGGACAAGAUGCACGCACGUUCUCAGGGACCCAGAGCCAUUCUUACUCGGCAGCCGACAGAGGGUCGAGCCCGUGACGGUGGACUUCGUCUUGGUGAGAUGGAACGCGAUUGCCUGAUCGCAUACGGCUCAAGCAUGCUGAUUUUGGAGCGUUUGAUGAUUUCGAGUGAUGCUUUUAACGUCGAUGUCUGCAAUGAGUGCGGACUGAUGGGUUAUUUCGGAUGGUGCCAUUUCUGCCGGUCAAGCGCUUCUGUCUCCUCGCUCCGCAUUCCUUACGCCUGCAAACUUCUCUUUCAGGAGCUCCAAUCCAUGAACAUAGCCCCCCGUCUUAAACUAGACAAGUACUUUGACUGAACCUGGGUUUAUGUUGCUUUGGAAAUUUGCUAAAAUUACAACAGUUAAAUCUUAAUAUUUUCACGGGGAUUCAUGAAGCCUAGCCGAACUAAUGUAACAUAGAAGAAAAGCAGGGCCAUACGUCGUUGCAACAAGAUCUGGUUUCUUUUUUUGUCGCAACUUACCGUCAGCUUGCUUCCCUUGUGAUAUUAAGUGUAAAUUCUAAAGGAGACUCGGGUCCCCAAAGUUUUAAAAUAAGUCAUGAGCACGGAACGGUGUGUUGAUUCCCUUAAUGGUUUGAUCGUUUAAUUUUUUUUUUUUUUUAUGACUUAUGAAGUAAAGAAAGUUCGUAAUUUAAAA